AGAUGAGAGAGAAAUGGAUAAAAGAAGGUUAGUGUGAGCACUUCGUGGCAUUUGCAAAGGGCUGAUGCCAUCUGCUUAACGUGUCGAGCGGUACCACCGUACAGAGAGAAGAUUCCAGGGUUUGGAGAAGCCCCAGUUUUAAUGGCGUAAAUCUUGGUGCGGUUCUCCCUGGACAAUGGGCCUCGCAAUCUAGGGUUUCUUUCGAGAUUUUUUUGAGUUGGUGAUUUCGGGAUCGCGGCCAGGGGCUCGGGUUCUGGUUUUUGGGGCUUUUGUGAUGCUUUUGUGAUGGUGUUCUGGUUACGGUGAAUCGGUUUAGGAUUUUCUCUUAGAUAGAGAUAAUCAGUUGUGUUGUCCAUUGGAAGCUUUGGAAUUGGAUUGAUUUGGAGAGAGAGAGAGAGGCGGCUUUCUCCUUGAUGAAACACUGAAUCGAGUCUUUGAGAGAAAGAGGCGGCUUUCUCCUUGAUGAAUCACUGAAUUGAGUAUUUGAGGUGGAACCUAUUUGCAUUUAUUGUUGCCCUUUGAAUUCGGGGGUUCAAUCGUGUGUAUUUUAUUAGAAUAGGCUAAUGUGAAUUAUUUUCGAAUAAAUGUUGGAUUCUGGUUCUGUUUAGGGAAAAUAUGAGUUUUGAUCGGUCGAUUUUAUUGGGAUUGCCUUAAUCUUUCAGUUUUCUGGAAAAUAAUUGAUCAGGGUUGCAUAAUUACUCUUGAUUAAGAGUUCUUAUCAGGGGAUCCGAUUGAAUGGUGUCAGUGCCACAGUAUUUUCGAAGGAUAUCUAAAAUUGAUCGCAUUAGGGUUUGGAGUGGUGACUUUGAUAGGUGACAAAGGUGCCUAUUUUCUGCAGUAAAACGAUUAAAUUCUGUUCGAGCUUGGGUUUGGUCGAUGUAUUCUGUUAGUUGCUAAGGUGCCUAUCACUUACUGAUUAAGGUCUCUACUUGCUUGUAUACAGAUCAAAAUUUUGAUCUAAACCCAGGAUAUUAAUUAGUGGGUAAGGUGCCCAUCUUCUUGGGUUCAGAGUGAACUAGGAUUUUGUGGUUACUUCUAUUGGAUCAAGCUUGGAUUGAGUUGGAUCAUGGAGCAUUUCAUUGGGGGAAAGUUCAAACUUGGGCGGAAGAUCGGGAGCGGUUCAUUUGGUGAGCUUUAUCAUGGUAUUAAUGUACAAACUGGAGAGGAAGUGGCAGUUAAGCUGGAGUCUGUGAAGACUAAGCAUCCCCAGCUUCACUAUGAAUCUAAACUAUAUAUUCUUUUUCAAGGAGGCACGGGAAUCCCCAAUCUGAAGUGGUUCAGUGUGGAGGGUGACUAUAAUGUCAUGGCUAUUGACCUUCUUGGACCCAGUUUGGAAGACUUAUUCAACUAUUGCAAUCGCAAAUUUUCACUGAAAACUGUCUUAAUGCUUGCGGAUCAGUUGAUUAACCGGGUUGAGUAUGUUCACUCCAAAGGCUUCCUUCAUCGUGAUAUAAAGCCAGACAACUUUCUUAUGGGUUUAGGGAGGAAAGCGAAUCAGGUGUAUGUUAUAGACUUUGGCCUUGCAAAGAAAUACAGGGACCUUACCACUUACAAGCACAUACCAUACAGGGAAAACAAGAAUCUCACUGGAACUGCUCGAUAUGCAAGUGUUAACACUCACCUUGGAGUAGAACAAAGUAGGAGGGAUGACAUGGAGUCCCUUGGUUAUGUCCUCAUGUAUUUCUUGAGGGGCAGCCUCCCCUGGCAGGGUCUGAAAGCUGGUACGAAAAAGCAAAAAUAUGACAAAAUCAGCGAAAAGAAAAUGCUAACCCCAAUAGAGGUGCUCUGCAAGUCCCACCCAUCAGAAUUUAUAUCAUAUUUCCACUACUGUCGCUCCUUGCGGUUUGAAGACAAACCAGAUUACUCAUAUUUGAAGAGGCUUUUCCGGGAUCUCUUUAUUCGAGAAGGUUGUCAGUUUGAUUAUGUGUUUGAUUGGACAAUAUUGAAAUACCCCCAAAUUAGCUCGAGCUCGAGGACUCGUCAGCCUGGACUUGCCAGUGGGAAACCAGGAGUGGGCCCCUCAACAGAAAGGCCAGAAAGAAUUUCAGUGGGACAGGAGCUUAGGGAGAGAUUCUCGGGUGCUGUUGAGGCUUUUACUCGCAGAAACGGUUCAGGCUCUGGUGCGCAUGGUGAUCACUCCAAACAUAAGGCAUUGGAGAGUGAUAGUAUUGCAACGGAUGUUGCAGAUAGGAGCCGCCCUUCUUCAUCAAGGAAUGGCAGCACGUCGAAGCGUGCCGUGGCCUCUGCCGGCAGGCCAAGUUCCUCUGGGGAGGCCGUUGUAGACCAGUCUCUUGGCAGGACAUCACGCCUCAUCUCAGGAAGCAGCCGCCCCUCAGGCAGCCAUGGCCAUAGCAGGCCCCUCCCUGGAUUUGAUCCGAAGCCCUCAUCUCUAUCUAGAAACGCUCUUGGGAGAACCUCUCGCAGUGAUGACCCUGUUCGGAGCCUCGAGCUUCUGUCAGUGGGCACGGACAAGAAGAAAUAAAGAGGAGAGGGUGAUAGAUUUCAAUGUGGUAAACCAUUCUCUCUCUCUGCAGGGGGGCUAAUAGCCCUUGUGAUUUCCUGUCUAUACGGCCUUUAUUUCCCUCAUGGUAAUGUGUAAAUGCAAAUUCCAUUGGAGGUCUCUCUCUCUCUCAUUGCAUCUUGGCCAAAGGCUCUCUCUCUCUCUCAUUGCAUCUUGUCCAAGGGCCCAAGGAGCUGGUAUCAUGUCGUAGGCUGACUGGAAUUAUAUAAUUUUUCUUUUUACCUUUUUAUUAUUUUUUCCAAAUAUAAAGGGGGAAUUGUUGAUAUAUGGGACUUUAUGGUGUUGUAGAAGGCUGGACUUUCAUUAUCAAUAUUCUUUUUACUUUGAUGAGGAUGAUGCUAUUGUUAUUACUAUUACAGAAUCAUGGACAUGCUUUUUUUCUUUA